AUGACUGCUCAGGAUGUGGAGCUGGCUGUGGGCAAGUCCAACAUGCUGGGGAUGUUUGAGGUGGGUGCAAUGCGCAUCCUUUUGGCCGCUUACAUUGCAGCUGCUGGCGCUUCGCGCACUUCCAGCCUUUCGGACACAGCCCUCCAAGCAAAUGCCUCUGACCCUGGGCCGGCCCCUGCAUGGUGUCGUCCUGAGAACUUCGUGAACUUUGAGCUCAGCAACAGCUGGUUUUCUGGCAGUGUUAGGAAGAAAGCCGACCAGCAAUGCAUGGGUCUUUGGGGUAUCAGGGGACAGUUCCCAACAAUUACAGUUUUCGAGGGUCGCUUUAUGCAGGAUGAGUGCAAGGAAGGCGUGCGGAUUGGACACGCCCUGUGCGCUCAGGACACCGCAACAGGGCCCAGCAUCGCCCCAGAGGAGAUCAUCGAGUACUUUGAGAGCGGCCUUCCCACAGCUGCGGGCCAACACUGGGAGGAGCUACGCUCUCACUGGUGCACACAGAGUCCGCCACCCAUGUGGACAGGGUUCAAGGAUUGCUUCCAUGCCUGCCAGUACAAACACGUAGACUGCGACCAGGUGCCAGGUUGCCGACUCUGUCGCCAAAGUGCUCAAAAUUGCGAGGGUGUCCGGGACAAGCCUUAUGUGGACAACUACGGAAGGCCGACUUUCAUCAAAAUGGCUGUCCGAAACUACCGCUUCUUUGACGCCUGCAUAGCCGGUUGCGGCUCCUAUGUAGAGCUGAAGAUGAAGGAGAAGAAGAAAGGAGGGCCUGCAUGCCAAUUAGGCAAAGGGCGCCUUCAGAUGUACCGGACCAGCAACCCAGGAUUAGCCAAGCUGUGA